AUGGAUCAGUCACGCAAGAGAUUGAUAGCCAAAGUGUUAUCUCGCCCAGCUACGCAAACGGACUCUGAGGAGACAGGCGAAUUCGGUCUCAUCACGCUGAAUGAUCCACCGCUCAUAAGCGCGUCGGUGGACAUCAUCUUCAUACAUGGCCUUGGUGGUGGGAGCCGGAGAACAUGGUCUUACUCGGAUAAUGUAGACCACUUUUGGCCAAAAUCCUGGCUGCCAGUCGACCUUGACUUUCAAGAUGUACGCAUUCACACCUUUGGCUACAAAUCAGACUGGGCCAACAGGCAGCAGAGUGUCCUGAAUAUUCAUGACUUCUCACAGUCACUGAUCGGUGGAAUGAGGAAUGAUCCAAGUAUAUGGCGGGAUAAAUCUGGUAUCAUUCUAGUUGGUCACAGCAUGGGUGGAUGCGUUGCCAAAGAAGCAUAUAUCCUUGCGCGUCAGGAUCCUUGGACACCACACCACGGCUCAGAUAUGGCAAAAGUGCUGGAGAGCAUGCUCAUUGUCGCUUGGGGCAAAGACAAGCCAUUCGUCACCGAUUUGAAGCCCAAUUCAUCCGCUUUGUCGUUAAUCAAUGACAGAUUUCGUUACGUUGCGACGGAUCUGUCUCUAUGGACAUUUUAUGAAACACUGCCUGUUAUUGUUGGACCCAUCAGCAGAAUGGUAGUGAGGAAAGGUGCCGCGAUCCUGGGCUACGAUAAGGAGUGGAUACAGGCGAUGCACGCAGAUCAUCGUCACCUCUGCAAGUUCAACAACCGAAACGAUCCCAACUAUAAAAUACUGCGGAAUGCACUCCACUUUGCAGUUGAUGAAAUCAAGGAUUUUCUUCUGAACACAUUACCAUCAUAUCUUCCCCUUGGGGCCUCAAAUGCCUAUACGUCUAACUUCCCAUUGAAUGAACUCUGCUCUCGUCUGAGAUCUUUUCUCAAGGUAGAUGAUUUCUUUGAAAGUGAGCAUGAGACAAAUCAGGAGCUCAAAGAACCAGGUUCCUGCCUAUGGUUCACAGAAAAGCCAUUCUUCACGAAGUGGAAAUUGGGUGACGGUCCUCAGAUUCUGUGGCUUACUGGGAGACCAGGAACUGGAAAGUCCAUUAUGGCUAGUCAUGUCAUCGACCAACUCAAUGCCCCAGCUUGUCGGAGCUAUUUUUUCUUCGAGCAUUCGUCAACAAACAAGUCCACUCUGAGUGACUGCUUCAGGUCUCUUGCGUUUCAAAUGACAAUGCAAGAUGAUAUGGUUAGGCAAGAGAUUAUGCAGUUGGAGGACGGAGGAAUAGCUUGGGAUAAGGGAAAUGAGACAUCUGUGUGGAUGAAGCUGUUUGUUGGAAGAAUCUUCAAGUUAUCAUUCAGAGUUCCACAUUUCUGGGUGAUUGACGGCCUUGGUAAAUGUGCUCAUUUUAAAAACCUCUUCUCAAAAAGACUUCUAUCAAAGUUAACACACAAAAAGAAUCUGCGAGUCUUUUUCACAAGCCGUGGUACAGAGGGAAUUGAGCGUGGUAUAGCUUCUCUUGGAUCCCAGGUUAACCCACAGUUAAUGUCAAACACUGAUACACUCGAUAAUAUUCGGCUUUUCCUAACCACCAAGCUCAAGGAGCUGAAUCGUUUAGAGAGUGACGAGGCCCAAAACAGUAUUUGUGAGAAGAUACCCAAAAGUCGGCUGGAUCUUUUCUCUGGCAGAAUGCUAGAAUCAAUCGAGAUUGACAGAACCAAUAUUGGUCUUGCCAAGUCUAUCCUGACUUGGGUUCUCACAGCAUGCCGUCCGUUGACAACAGAUGAGCUGCGCUGUGCGGUCAAGCUAGAUCUCAACCAAACACUGCAAAAUUUGAACAAGGCUAUACCGACUAUAUGUGGACAACUCGUCUUCAUUGAUCAAGCUGACCAUGUACAAAUUAUACACGAAACAGCGAGGGAAUUCCUUCUUGGCAAAGAAAUCUGCUCGGAGCUCGCUGUUCAAAAGAAGCAAAUUCACACUCAUCUCGCGUCUGUUCUUCUACAAUACUUGUCAAAAAGUGGCUUCGAGUCCGAGGGAUGGAACCAUCGAGGUUUAGGGAAGCCAAAAGGGUUCGGGAAGCCUGUUCCUACUACCCUGACCAACUUUGCCCUCGUUGAUUACGCUUGCAAUUUCUUCUCAGAACACAUUUCAAGGGGCUCAUCCAAAGAUGAUGUCUCGAUGAACAACAUUUGUACCUUCUUAAAGGAAAAUAGCGUCCUAUUGUGGAUAGAGCAUAUUGCUCAAAGCCACGACUUAAGCAACAUCACUCGUGCUGCAUUGAACCUUCGCGGAUAUCUGGGGCGCAGGGCAAAAUAUGUGCUUCCAACAGACCCGUCAACUAACCUUGUUGAAGGCUGA